AUGACACGUCCCAAGCGGACUGCCUCUCUUUCCUCUCCUUCCUCGUCCGAUCCUUCGAAACGCGUCGCCUUUGAGAUCCCGGCCUCACUCCGUCACCUCUCCUCCAUUUCACGCUCUCUCGCAACUAAUACUGCACCUACUGGAUUUCCUAUUCCUGUUACUGCCUCUCCUCGAGUCCAGGCUCAAAGUCAGACACAGAGACCGACGCCCACCCUGACACAGUCCCAACCUCGACCGGGUUCUCAAUCAUCAUCUCAGCCACCUCCUCCUUUUCACACCACUCGUCCAGUUCCUCAGGUUCCUCCCCAGACUUCUUUAUUACAACGAACGACUACACCGGUUCCCAAUCCAAAGCCAUGGCUAGGCCCGCCUUCCAGAGAGUUCUUACCUGCGACUGCAAAUAAGAAACCCGACCCCACCCCCAAACCCAGACCUCCUCGACCACCCAAGAGCAAGCCCCAAGAAAAACCCGCGAGCAAUCCCACACCUACGGUCCAAACCCCGCCAGAACCUGCUCUUCAACCUGGUGAAGCCCCGAGUCUCAAAACUCACCCCAACCUGAUCGCUUCAUUGAUCGCACAGAAAAGAGCCGAGAAUGAGGCGGCAGGUCAUCGAGCAAGAUGGCAGAGAAAUCAAGUCGAAUAUCGAACAACGGGGAAACUUGAAUCCCCAGGAAGCCAACUUAUGACCGAACUCAAAAUAGAUGCUACUCGUACUUCUCCCUUGCAAGCCCAAUCCCGAACGGUUUCCAAUGUUAAGCCACCAAGGCCAGUGCCAUCAUUAGUGACCAGCACUCGAAGAUUGCCUUCUAGAGAUGAGACUUCAAAGCCAGCUACGGAAACGGUCACAAUACCUGACACGAAAUCAUCCGUCCACAAGUCACAGAGCCAGAAAAAUGCUGAGCCUGAGGAGCCCGAUUCCCAGUCUGUCUAUGGUUCACCAUUUUCCUCUCCAAUUACCGAAUUUCUCGACCAAGCAACCGAUAAUGCUGGACUCGGAAAGGAUACCACAAGAUCUAACCGGCAAUCUGCACAACCCAUCAGAUUUAACCACCAAGCACAAUCAUCUACCACUCAUGGAAAAGAACCAGUGGAUUGGAGUACACAAAAUGGGAACACCGGAUCGUCAUCCCAGGUCGGCAAUCAGUCACCUUUUACUGAAAUUCCCCAGUCACACCAUCAACACCAAAGCCCACUCGUUCACGCCUCAUUCCCACCAAGCUCCUCCCACUCUUCGCAGCAUCAAUCCCCAUUAUAUCAUUCGCCACAUUUCCAGACUGGCCAAGUCCAGACAGGGACUAAUCCGAUCCCAAAUUCAAGUUCGGUCACUCGUCAGCAGUAUCAGUACAUGAAUCCUCAACUUCCCGCUGCACAACAAAACAUCUAUAAAGUUGACUACCCUCAACAAUAUUCGACUUCAAACAGCCCCACAGGGCCUUCAAUGUCCAUGCCUGUGACCAUGAGACAGACGAAUUUCGCCCAGCAGAACUUUUCCAACCCAUCAUUGUUCAACUCUCCUGUGUCGUAUCCUAAUCAGCCUGUGGCUGGUUCGGGUAUGUACACUUAUCCAUCACCCGGGUCAGGUUCCGAUUUUGAAGCCACCAUGACGAAGCCUAGCACGGGUGCUAAACGUGUAUUCAUGACCGCGGCCGACAUGGUUGCCGCUGCGAAUCCGAGUUAUUCUGCAAUGCGAUUCGGUACCAAAUUAGAUUUCACUGUGAACCCCAGCAGAUGA